AGACAACGUUAGGAAAGGCGGCGUUAGGGUUUGACUGGCGGUUGGGCGCCCUCUGUCCCGGAUGUGACGGAUGACCGGAAGUUGGCGGCCCGUCGCCCCGGGCCUGCUGCUGCCGGGCCGCUGACGGGGUGUCAUCGUCUCCAGCUGAGUGGCGAUGGCGUCGGUGCGCUCAGCUUGCUGAGGCAGUCUGGGCGGUGGGUGAGCGGGCCCCGGGUUUGUUGUGGGCGGGUCCCGAGGUCUCUCCGCCCCGCCUCGGCCUCUCAGCGCUCCCGGGCGGCGGCGCAGCAUGGACGACCUCAGCACCAUCGGCCUGCUCUCCCUAGCCAUGCUGGUCGGCUGUUACGUGGCAGGCACCAUCCCCUUGGCCUUCAACUUCUCCGAGGAAAGAUUGAAGGUGGUGACAGUUCUUGGCGCUGGGCUUCUGUGUGGCACUGCUUUAGCAGUCAUCAUUCCAGAAGGUGUUCAUGCACUCUACGAGGAUGCUCUGCAUGAUAAACACCUCCAUGGAGAUGAAGUGGGGAAAGCGGAGGGUCCAUUAAAGACGGGACAAUCGGCAGAGACCAAGCAUGAUCACGAGCAUGUUGCUUUGCAUGCAUACAUUGGUGUUUCACUGGUCCUUGGAUUUGUUUUUAUGCUUCUAGUGGAUCAGAUAGGAAGUUCUCAUAUGCACUCCAGCGAUGAUCCUGAAGCUGCAAGAACAGCAAAUAGCAAGAUCACCACCACGCUUGGCCUGGUGGUUCAUGCAGCAGCGGAUGGCAUUGCAUUGGGUGCAGCAGCUUCCACAUCACAGACGAGUGUACAGUUGAUUGUAUUUGUAGCUAUUAUGUUGCACAAAGCUCCAGCUGCUUUUGGUCUGGUUUCUUUCCUUAUGCACGCAGGGCUCGAAAGGAAUAGAAUCAGAAAACACCUACUGGUGUUUGCUUUGGCAGCACCGCUGCUCUCCAUGGUCACUUACCUGGGCCUGAGUAAGAGCAGUAAAGAAGCACUUUCAGAAGUGAAUGCCACUGGAAUUGCCAUGCUGUUUUCAGCAGGAACUUUCCUUUAUGUAGCCACCGUACACGUGCUUCCGGAGGUGGGUGGCACUGGUCACAGUCACAAGACUGAGUCGGGUGGGAAGGGACUCAGUCGACUUGAGGUUUGCACCCUCGUCCUGGGCUGCUUGAUCCCAUUGGUACUGUCGGUGGGUCACCAGCAUUAACCAACAGCACCCCAGCAGGAACCUGGAUAACAAGGGUCUGUCAGCACUCCCAUGUUGGUUGGCAGGAUCACUACACAUACUGGGGCUUUGCCCCUUCAUUUUUUUUUCCCCGUGAAAUUCCAAAUGAAAUAGAUUGGAAGUAUAAAUUAAGUGAAAUUGUAAAUAAGUUGGAAGGAAUUCUGGCAAUGUAGCCAUUUUGAAAAGUGAGUUUUGUUUAACAUAUCAAUGGAAAUUUCUGAACUUGUUUCAACGAAAUGAGAGAAUGUAACUUUAGUCAAAUAGUGUCUAGUUACAAAGGAUGAAGUACAGGCACUUACUAAAUUAACAGUGAACUUGGGGCUGCAUUAGAGGUAAUCCAGGGCAUUAAUUAAGCCAAGGGAAUUGACAUCGGGUUUGAGUAUGUGAAAUAAUUUUUACUGGGUUUUAUUCAUAAGUGUACAGUCUUAAAUAGUUUGUUAGCCUGUAAGCUUGGUGCCUGCUAGUUCAAUGUCUGUGUGUUUAAACGAUAGGAUUUUUGACAGGCUAAUGUAUUUGGGAAGAAUUUUUUUGUUCAAAGUGCUUUGUUAAUGUAUAUGGGGUAAGGAAAUAAAAAAAAACUGUCUGAAUCAUUAAUUUUAAUGGUCAAACAUAUCAUGCAGUGGGUAGAUGGGUGUAGGAUAACAAAAUGUUUCCUAGGUCCAUGGAAGUGAAGUAUGAAGAAUGAAAUCCCAUUGCUAUGACUUUGCUGACUUGUGAAUAUUCAUUGUUCAGUUGCUUCAGGUAAACUGAAAUCAUUCCAUUGACAAUGGCCUUAUCUUUCCAACUCUUUGUACACAUUAACAGAUCUUGCAGAUUUUUUUUGUUUUUAAGAUGUAUAUCUAUAAAUAAAUUUUUAAUAAGUGGCCA